AUGAUUGCUCUGUGCAAAAGUGCUCCUGUGAACGACGGGAAAAAAGCGGAGAUAAUCCGCUACGAAAACGUUCCGUCCGCACAUGAAGGUGAUGGAUAUAAAUUCUUUUUCGAAACCAGUGAUGGUCAAACCCGCAAGGAGGAGGGUAAAUUUGUGGGUCCCGAUCAAAUUUUAACGGUUUACGGAACUUACACCUACAAAGACCAGAACGACGAAAAGUUCCAGGUGUCCUAUGAGGCCGACGAAAAAGGCUAUAGAGUCUUGUCAAUUCAGCAACGAGGAAAAGAACAAGAAGAACUCAUUUUCGUGCCUGUUGUACCCGAAACAUUAUCAUCGCAUGUUUUAGCAUCUUUGGUCGGAUAA